AUUAUAAUUAUAGGUUAUGUUUUACUGUAUCGGUAAUACUGAUGAAUGAUUAUUGUAAUUUUGAAUUAUCAUCAUUGUAGUUGUGAAUACUGUGCUAAUAUAAUGAAUUUAAUAAAUAUAGAUGGCGGGCAAAUAAAUUUUUCAGACUUUAAAUUGAUUAUACCAAGUGUGUCAGUUGGAAAUGUUCCUCAAUUAACAGUAGAUUUAUUAAUAACCACGUUUGACUUUAAAAGAGUAUCCACAAUUUGGCAUCCAGCGAUACUAUCGUCGAUUGGAAGUGAUCCAUAUUACUCAAACAUAUCGGAGAUAUAUACAGCUUGUGAACUGUACAUUAACGAAGAGUUAAAACUGGCUACAAUACAGAUAAGAUCAACUGUGGAGAAUAAAUUAGCUGUGAAGUUUUUUAAUGACUUGCGAGGCCUAGUACAACAUUUAAAUUUUAAGCAUACAUUUAUACUGUCAAGUGCGUUUGAUUACGAGUUGCAUAACGUUCUUAGUGAGAAAUUUUACUUUGUUAGUACUAGUGAAAAUAAUGAAGUCAUGGAAAUUAAUCAUAUAAAGCCUUUACAGCCUGCAUUGAACGGGAAAUACUGCUUAAAUGGCGGUGGAUUUGCUGUCAAACUUUUCCAAACGCUUCAACAAACUUUAUCUUGUACAUUAUUGAUAAAAUACGUAUCGGAAGGGGAUAAUCGGCCAGAUGCAGUUAUGAUGUUGCAAAGAUUAUUUGCCGUACUCGGAACAGCAGAAAUUCCUCAAAGGAUAAAAUGUCCCUCUUCAUGGCAGUUCGUAUUUGGAGGACCCCCGCCAUUGGGUAUAUAUUAACAGCUAUAUUGGUGUAAAUAUUUAUUAAUAAACUUAUAUAAAUAUUU